CCGGCCUGCUGGUUGUGUUGUUUUUGAGUUGUGCAAAAGUGAACAUGUCUGGAAGAGGAAAGACCGGUGGUAAGGCACGCGCCAAGGCUAAGACUCGCUCUUCUCGAGCUGGUUUGCAGUUUCCCGUUGGCCGUGUUCACAGGCUUCUGAGGAAAGGCAACUACGCUGAGCGUGUUGGUGCCGGUGCUCCCGUGUACUUGGCUGCUGUGCUCGAGUACCUGACUGCUGAAAUUCUUGAGUUAGCCGGCAAUGCUGCCCGCGAUAACAAGAAAACCAGAAUCAUUCCUCGCCAUCUGCAGCUGGCUGUGCGUAACGAUGAGGAGCUCAAUAAACUGUUGGGUGGUGUGACCAUCGCUCAGGGUGGUGUGCUGCCUAAUAUCCAGGCCGUGCUUCUGCCUAAGAAGACUGAGAAACCAGCUAAGAGCAAAUAAACUCCGACGAUACUCUUAUAAACAUCAACGGCUCUUU